GGGGAAAGUUGGGAAGAAAGUUGCCGGCCGGGAAAGCUUAGAGGCGGGAGAGCCGCUGCCCCGCCAGCCCGGCCUCCCCGCGGCGUCCCCGCCGGGCCCCGCCGCGCUGCGCUCCGCGGGAGGGCUGAGGAUGGCCGGCGGGGAAGGAGCGGGCUCCGGCGUGCCGGAGUGCCGGGAGCAUCUCUUCAAGGUGCUGGUGAUCGGGGAGCUGGGCGUGGGUAAAACCAGCAUUAUCAAGCGGUACGUGCACCAGCUCUUCUCCCAGCACUACCGGGCCACCAUUGGGGUGGAUUUCGCGCUCAAAGUCAUCAACUGGGACAGCAAGACUCUGGUGCGGCUGCAGCUCUGGGAUAUAGCAGGCCAGGAGCGCUUUGGAAAUAUGACUAGAGUAUACUACAAAGAGGCAGUUGGUGCUUUUGUGGUCUUCGAUGUCACAAGAGGCUCUACUUUCGAGGCUGUUUCAAAAUGGAAGCAUGAUUUGGACAGUAAAGUACUACUUCCCAAUGGCAGUCCCAUCCCUGCUGUUCUUCUUGCAAACAAGUGUGACCAGAAGAAAGAUGGCAGCCAGAAUCCCUCUCAAAUGGACCAGUUCUGCAGAGAAGGUGGCUUUGUUGGAUGGUUUGAAACAUCUGCCAAGGACAACAUCAACAUAGAUGAAGCUGCUCGAUUCUUGGUGGAAAACAUCCUUGCCAACUACAAAACCUUUCCUAAUGAAGAGAAUGAUGUGGGAAAACCAAAACUGGACCUAGACCCAUUGAAAGCAGAGAGUAAAUCACAGUGCUGCUAAUGCUACCACUGUUCAGUAAAUGUGAUGGAAUGAGCAGCAAGACUGUUCCUUAAAUCAAACUGCUGCUAUGGUGCUGCGUUGUGACAAUCCAUAUGAGGUGUCUGGUAUUAUCUGAAUAGGUGAUUCUUGUGGGUGUUUACAUAUUCUUGUUUAGCAUGAAACAGUAUCUUGUGGGUUAUCACUCCACUUGCUUGAGUGGCUGCAUCUAAGUCUUAUUAGUGUCUUCUUACUUGAGAAUGUAAGGUAGUGUUUACACUCCUAAAAAGGAACAAAGACAACGUUCAGCGUCUAGUUUGCUUCUAGGACAUAUGCUACAUUCCAGAUAGGACUCACUCAUGGUUUUGGCUGAACAGACAUUUGCACCUUUAAAGUAAACUUUUCCUUUUUCACCAGUAAUGUCCCACUUUAGCCUUCUCACCUGCACACUUGUCCCUAUUUAUUAUCCCCCACCAUGAUGAUCUGUCUCAUUGCUAGUUCUCCUGGAUCGAGACAUCCCAGAAAUCUUGAAGGGGCCGAUGACAGAUGAGAGGUAUCUUUCUCAGUGUGUUCACUAGGACUGAGUGAAGUAGAUGGCUUUUACCACUAAGUAAGAACAAGAAGGGUAAAUGGUUGUACUUAACAGGGGAAAGGCAUGGUUAUAGAGAUACUAACAAAAAUGCAUCUCCAGCCAUGUAAGGCAGAAUAUUUUCAGCUAUACUUUAUAUAUGCAACACAUUAAUGAAUACAGUUGUACUGCUGGCACAUAGUUAUAGUAACCUCACCCAUAUGCACAUCCAGUAACAAACAUCCAGUAACUUUUUCAUACACUAACACUGAAAACUUUACCAAGAGUGCAAAAAGUAAAUAUCUUACUGUCCUGUGAUAAUGAACUUGCUUCUUUUUCCUUCUGUCUUGAGAUGGUUCUGAAUACCAUGAGGAAGGAGAGAGGUCUUGAAGGAAAUAGCUUAACUGGUUCUUGCUAGCCUAUCAAAACCCCUCCCCAAGCUCUAUCUUUUUCAAUUUUAGAACAGUGCUGCACUCUUCUGACUACCCGGAGCUGGUGAACUGGCUGACCAGUUUGUAACUCUGUAUACUGAGAUGCUUAUGUUUCCUUGUCAUAACUCAUAUGUAUUUUUGGCAGCAAAUGAAGAUCAAAAGGAAUAGAGAGAUUUCAUGGUUCUUGAAUGCAUUCUGGAACUCUGACCCUGCUUGGCUGAAAGGCUUUGAAGCUCCUCUUUAUUUUAAGGGUUUCUUCUGUCCUGGUACCUCAUUGCUACUGACUUCAGAAGUCUUACCUUGCUUCGUCUGAUGGUGCUGAUGUUUAAGUAAACAUCAGCAUGAAGUAUGUGCCAGAUUGGAUAUACUUUAAUCUGUAUUGAGAUUUCCUAGGCUGUCUUUUUUUCUGAAGAGUAAUGUACUUUUUAAGAGACAAAUAAAUAUAUUUGGGCAUCUUA